GGCUGGCUGUAGGAGCUUCCAUCUGUAUGACAGCUGAUUGCUGUGUAGUGUAAGUGAUCCUGGUUACACAGGGAUUAUGUUAUCUAUUGGCCCCAUAGACUUUAUAAAGCAGGCAUAAACGUUUUAAUAGCGACGGUGCUAUAAGCAUCUCCGAAAAAAGGUUUGGCCCCACGUCAGUUUUCAUUCAUGGAAACUACCGUACUUAAUAACUGGCAUCUUAAAAGGGUGAAAUAGUGGCCAGUGAAAAGCUUGGAUCAAUCCGCUAGACCGAAAUUACGAUCCAGACCCGAGACGAGGAGCCCAGAAACCUGCGCAGACAGGAGGUGAACGUAAAAGAGUUUAAAACGGUGUAGCUCCUUCCAACUAACCUGCCAGUGAUGAGCGAUGGAGCCGGGCUCUGUGGUGCGUGCCGUGUUCGAGUUCCGCCCCAGUGUAUCUGAGGAGCUGCCCCUCUUCACCGGUGACGUCAUCGAGGUGCUCAGUGUGGUGGAUGAGUUCUGGCUGCUCGGAAACAAAGAUGGCGUCACAGGCCAGUUUCCUAGCACGUUUGUGGAGCCAGUCACAAUACCGAACACCAAAAGAGGGGAGAAACUGUACGUCUGCAUCAAUGACUACAGUUCUCUCAGUGCUGGGAACCUCCUCCUGCAGAGAGGUGACGUAGUAGUUGGCGAGGACACUGUGGACUCUAACUGGCUGAGAGGAAGAAAUUGUUGGGGCUCCAAGGGAGUUUUCCCUUUGUCUUGUGUGAAGGAGCUUCAUCUCUCUUCCCGGUCUCGCAAACUGUCCAAGAGGUCAGUGUCUGAAUUGCCCAGUUAUGCCCUAGGACAAGCCAGGGCUCUGAUGGGAUUAUCUGCACAGCUGGAUGAAGAGCUGGGCUUUAUGGAGGGAGAUAUCAUCAUCAUUGUUGGAAUUCCAGAACCAGGGUGGUUUGAGGGAGAGUUAGAGGGAAGGAGAGGGAUUUUUCCUGAAGGAUUUGUGGAGCUUUUGGGUCCUUUGCAAGCAGGAGAAGACCAAGGGGGCCAGGAUGACUAUGACAUUUAUGAAGAGGAGGACAUCUGUGUUGAAGAGGCACCAUUAAACACUGAGGAAUUCACAGGGGUUUAUGGGAUAGCUCUGUAUGACUUUAGGGCCCUUGAAUCUGGGGAGCUUGAUUUUAACGUAGGUGACAAAAUUCACAUUAUCAACACUUUGGAAGACGGCUGGCUUGAAGGGGCAGUCAAUGGCAGACGUGGAAUAUUUCCUCAUAGGUUUGUAAAGGUUGAAGAUCAAAGCACUGAAACAAAAAAGCAACAGUCCAACUCUGAGUACGGACAAGAAACGGAAAACAAAUUUGUCUGUUCUCCCUGCACUAUCGAUAACCACUGUGACUGGAAAACUGAAGACAGUGGAGACAAUAGUCAGUUAUGGGAUUUGGAUUACUUUGAAGAAAAAUCAGAUCAAACUAGCUCAGAAACGACAUGGCUAGAAGCACUGUCAGAUGUAAAAUCUACCCCCGCCAGUUCAAAGUUGAACCAUGAGCCUCAAGGAACUCAAACAAAGGGCAAUUCUCAGGGGAUUCCUAUAAACAGGGGAGACACGGUCAUAGACGCAAAGCAAAGUACAAUCCAGAACCCAACUCCUUCUCACAGAGGUCUUACGAGAACAAAUUCUGCACCUUCAAAACCCCGUCUUCCACCAAGGCCAAGUCUACAUUCUUUAAAUAAUAGACGGUACAGCAACAUACCAGAUGCUGUGGUAGACCAAAAGAUUGCCGAUAGCAGUUCUGAGGCCCCCCCAGCCCCUGCUACUAGAACAUUAAGUUUAGUAACAAAAAAAAGAGAUUCAGAAAACUUGCAUAAUAAUUGGUCUAGAGAUGGUGGUUAUUUGAAUGUCCUUCAAACUUCAAACAAAAAUGCAGCUUACAAAGAUUUAUCCUGUUGUGCUCAAGACAAGAAGCAUAAAAAUAAAGUCCGUCAGUUGAGUGUUACCGACUCUGAUUUGUUACCGGGAUGCAGAAUUGAUCAGCAGGUGGGUUGCAAAACGGCUGAGGCUAAUGGCUUAUCCAGCUCGUUUACGCUCGAGUGCCUAGCAGGCUCAGCUCCGGAUUUGGAUUCCAAACUGUCUCAGCAGCUUGCCGAGUUUGAGAAGAGUCUUCCGGACUACAAGGCUAGAGACUCCAAGAAAAUAUCCCGGCAUUUUUCCAUCCUGGAUUACAGCAGUGAAAAUGAUAUCAUGAGAGGCUCCCCCACUUCCAAGAGUCAGCAGGAAGGCUGCUCUUCUCUAGAGAGAAGAAAAGCACUGAGACCCCCGCCACCCAGGCCCCGGGUACUCAAACCUCAGGGGUCGCCGUCGUCUCCUAGACCUUCGGUGGAAGGUCCUCAGCCUACAGGUGAAGGCCAGCCUUCCCAAAGUUCCUUGGCAUUCAGGCCUUCUCGGCCCGCUCCCCUCCCUCCUCAGCCCUCUCCAAGGAGGAGCACUCCACAGGACUCCACUCCGUUCCAAGCAGGAUCUUCGAGUGCUCCCCAGGACAGUGCCAUCCACCAGGACAACACCUCUUUUAAGAUCCCAGAGGAAGCUGAUUUUGAUGAUGGAGGAAUUCCUCAGGUGGAUGGGGACUGUGUCCUGGAGGCAGAGCAAGACCAGUAUUCUCUCCUGCUCAGGCUUCAGGAGGUGGAGAGAGACAUUGAGAUCUACACCAAGACCAUGGAGGAGCUCGGGGCGAUGCUUGAUGAAGAGGAGGAUGAGACUGCCAGAGCUCAGGCACUAGAGAAUCUGGACUUCUGCACUUACAACAUUGAAUCUCUAACAGUAGAACAACAGCAGCUCAGAGAGAUGACGCUCCUCUCCGCUCAGCCUGCCUCUCUGGACUCAGUCCCCGCGGCGACCACCUCGGACAACGCGGAGCAGAGGAUGACGGAGAAGAGGAGCAAGGUCAUCCAGGAGCUCCGUCAGACAGAGGUGGAUUACAUCAAAGACCUGCAGAUGUGUGUCAAGGAAAUAAUCGAGCCCCUUCAGAGGAAACAGGUGCAGAAUGUUGACUUUGAUGGUCUCUUUGGCAAUAUUAAUGCUGUGAUUGAUCUCUCCAAACGCCUGAAUAAGAGCCUGCAAGAGACGGACUCCAUUGGAAGGUGUUUUUUGGAGUUCAAGACAGAGAUGGAAGACGUGUAUAAAGUCUACUGUCAGAAUCAUGACGAUGCGAUCUCUCUCCUUGAGGGGUAUGAGAAAGACGAAAAUAUACAGAAGCACAUUUUGGAGUGCCUGGAGAGGCUGAGAGCUGUGUAUCGCGAGUGGGGAAAGACCAACUACAUCAACGUGGGCUCGUUCCUGAUCAAGCCAGUGCAGAGAGUGAUGCGGUACCCCCUGCUGCUGAUGGAGCUGCUGAGCGCCACCCCGGAGUCUCAUCACGACAGGGAGCGGCUGGCCGAGGCUCUGCUCGCCGUCAAGGAGAUCAAUGUCAACAUCAACGAGUACAAGCGGAGAAAAGACCUGGUUGUGAAGUACAGAAAGGGAGACGAGGACACUCUGAUUGACAAAAUCUCCAAGCUCAGUAUGCACUCCAUCAUCAAGAAGUCCAACCGCGUCAGCAGCCACCUGAAGCACCUGACUGGGUUUUCGCCCCAGAUUAAAGAUGAGGCCUUUGAUGAGGCAGAAAAGAACUUCCGGAUGCAGGAGAGACUGAUCAAGUCUUUUAUCAGAGACAUCUCUCUGUAUCUACAGCAUAUACGGGAAUCUGCAUCAGUUAAGGUUUUGGCAGCUAUCAGUUUCUGCGACAUUUAUGCUGACAGAAACCAAAUGGACCCAGAGCGAUUUCAAAAGGCUCAUCGAUGCAUCAGUGACAAACAGUUCAUAAACUUUAAGGAGAGGACUGAGAAUUUAGUCAUUACUCCCCUGAAUCAGCUGCUUUCGAUGUUCGCUGGCCCUCACAAACUGAUCCAGAAGCGCUUCGAUAAACUGCUGGACUACAAUAACUGCAAAGAGAGGGCCGAGAAGAUCAAGGAUAAGAAGAUGCAGGAGGAGCUGCAGUCGGCACGCAACAACUACGAGGCACUCAAUGCCCAGCUCCUGGAUGAGCUGCCCAAAUUUCACUGCUGUGCAGAGGAGCUUUUCACCAGCUGUGUGCGCAAUUUUGCGAUGGCUCAAAAGGAGUUUGUCCGUCUCUCUCUGGGAGAACUCAAGCCUCUCCUGCAGCUCUCUAGAAUAGGGGGCACUGAAGGUAACCUGAUAGCCCUGUUCCAGGAGGCACAUGGACAGGUCCUGCAGCAGCUGCAGUGUUUCAGCUUCUUCCCAGAGAGCCUUCCUGCUGUCAGGAAACCCUUUGAGAGGAAGAGCAUGGAGCGACAGUCCUCCAAAAAGCAGCUUCAGGGGCCGCCCAAUUAUGUACUCCAGACUGAGAGUCAGCGAGCCGGUUUGCUUUCAAAGUAUCCCCCAGAGAAGCUGUAUCAAGCUGAGAGGAACUUCAACGCAGCCCAAGACCUGGAUGUCUCUGUGUUAGAAGGUGAUAUUGUUGGAGUCAUUAAGCAGCAAGACCCCAUGGGAAGUCAGAAUCGCUGGCUUAUAGACAAUGGAGUCACCAAGGGCUUUGUGUACAGCUCUUUCUUAAAGCCGUACAACCCUCGGAGAAGCCAGUCUGACGUCUCGAUAGGGAGCCACUCGUCAACCGAGUCGGGCUACGGAGGCUCCUCGCCGGUUUUCUCGCGACAGAACAGUAACAGCACCCUAACCUUCAACCAGGAGAGCGCCUCUGUGACAUUCUCCACUUUGCAGUCCCAAAAAUCCGGCGCAGACUCGGUCUCAUCACGGGACUCCCAAGCUUCCUCGCAGUUGACCCCUCAAGAGAGCUGCUCUUCCAGGAGAGGCAAUUACAGAGAGACUCCGUCACCGAACCGGACACACUACGGUCAGAGGGAUCUCUCAGAUUCGGCCUCUGAAACGGACUCCCGAUCCUCCCAAAAAAAUGUCCGGACAAAUAUUUCAUAUCGCGAUGCGCAGGUGGAUAGGUACAUUGAAACGGAUCCGGCUUUUAGCCGAAGGAAUGGAGAUUGUGGGUUGCCUGACCAGAGGAAGUUGGAAAGUAAUCAUGAAAAGGAGUGUGAAUCUGAUGGAAAUCAGAUUUACUAUGCCAUCUACUCAUUCACUGCCCGUUGUGCCAACGAGUUGAGCAUAUCUGCCCAGCAGCGCGUGAAGAUCCUGGAGUUUCACGACAUGAACGGGAACCAGGAGUGGUGGCUGGCGGAGGUGGAGGGCCGGCGGGGUUACGUCCCCUCCAACUACAUCAGGAAAUCAGAGUACACGUGAAGAGAGCCUGGGGGCCGAGGAUGCCCGGAGCCACCGACACGAACAACAGACUGGUGCCUUAUUUCUGGAGAGGGACUUUCUUUUCUCUCUCUCUCUCUCUUUGGAGUUCAAAGUGCUUUUUUGGAACUUUCAUGGCUGCUGAUAUUGUAUGACAGGAACACGUGUGUAGUUCAUCAUUCGCAGUCCCUGAAGCCUCUCUUGGCUCUUUUCUCAUGGGAGGGUAAAACAUAUGCUGCUGUUUGCCUGUGGUCUUCCAAACCCCCCCACAUUAGAUUUUCCAGUGAAGAAACAUCAGAUGCAUUUUAGGACAUACAGUUGCUACUAAAACUGAAAAUGAGAAACCAUGUCAGAACAGCUUAAACGAAAACAACAUCCUUACAAAACAUGUAUUUACUUGAGAAGUUGCCCUGAGUUUUACAGCUAAUCAAAGUGUGUAAAGUAUCCAAGUUACCAGCAUUUUUUAAAAUAGUUUUUUUUGUUCAGAGAAAACGGUACACGAAUAAAGAAAUGCAUAAGGAAUGCGUUUAUGCACAAGGUGUGAAACACUGGAUUAAGCUUGGCUACAAGAGUAGGACACGCCAAAAUUACUAGAGUUUUUGUGACAGUAUUAUGUAGGGUGAGAAGGUUGAUUGAGCCGAGUUUAAAUAUGUAUCUUGUGCACAUAAAUGUCUUGUGAUUCUGCAGCUAUUUUAGAGGCUCCAGCUUUUAACCAGGGCAUCAAAAACCAUAUUCUUGUUAAAAAAUUAACAUGAAGAGGUUGAUAAUUGUCAUAAAAGGGAAAGCUGAUUUUUAGGCCUAGUGGCGCAGAACUCCAAGUCAAUAAAUUAAAUGAUACUUCCAUCAUUAAUUAAAUAUUCAUAUUCUUCAUUAAAUCUUCAUAAAAGAACUGAUGGAAAUUGAAUAUUGUGUUCCAUCACUGCAUAGCCUAGGAAACGCUUUCCUCUGUCUUAUUUCAAGGACCGAAUUGUUUAGGAGCUUAAUUUAGUGUUGAAGUUAUGACAAAUUUAUAACUUUGCACCUUGUUGUUUCGGUUUGCAAUAAAACAUUAUAAUUGCAUUCUGCAGUUAUCCAUCUUGUAAUAUCUGUCUGAUUUCAAAUCCUGAAGCUUUGCCUAUCAGUGAAGAAGAGUUUACAGAUGUAUGUUGAUGUGGCUAUGGAAGUUUUCAUUUUGGGCAAGGAAGAGUGCUAAAAUGCUUGAGGGCCAUCAUCAUAGAUUUAGUUAAAUUGAAAUGCUCAUCUUCACAAAUAGCUCAAAGAGUAUGCUGUACCAACUGUGUAUCUGCAUGAACACUGAAUGUAUUAUUUAAUCAUUCAGCAUGCUACUGAUGAGAAAAUGUAUUAUAAAAAAAGUUUUAUAUGAUGGACUGUACAAAAAAAAGUGUAUAUUUUUAUUCUUUUUGCUUUUAAUAAAAUCCAGGUGACUGGUUUAGCCUUGUUGUA